AGAGGCGGCGCGCUGGUCGCCCGGCUGUUCGCGCUUCUGCUGGCGGAGUCGGAAGAAGUCAUCGCCGGCAUGGGCCGCAGGAAGAAGGAGCGGCGCGUUGGGAGCGCGACGCUCAGGAGGGUCGUGUCUUUCGACGAGCAGAGUCGACGGGAGUUCUUGACAGGGUUUCACAAACGUAAGGUUGAGAGGAGGAAAGCAGCUGUGGAGGAGAUAAAGCGCAAACUGAAGGAGGAAGAAAAGAAGAUGAAAGAAGAGAGACAUAAGGAAUACAUGAAGAUGUUGAAGGAGAGAGAAGAAGCCUUAGAGGAAGCUGAUGAGUUGGAACAUCUAGUGACAUCUCAAACAGAGUCGGUGAGCUAUGAUCACCCAAACCAUACAGUCACGGUUACUACCAUCAGCGACCUGGACCUUUCUGGAGCUCAUUUCCUGGGGCUAAAUACCCAUGAGAGAGAAAAUACUGGACUGGAAGGAGAAGAUGCUGUCAACAGCUACACGUGUACAUUGCCUAAGAAAUCUAGAGAUCCUCUCCUGUCUGAGAGAAUUUCUUCCCUCACUGCUUCACUGCAUUCUCGUAGCCAGAAAAAGGGAAAAAGAAAGCAGAUUGGCCACAAACAAGGGGUAAAGAACAGAGCCCAAAAGAUGAGAGCAGGACGAACAAGCAAGUCCCAGCGCCGGAAAAUGACAGGCAGAAAGAGGCAUGUCCAAGACUGAAAGGCUGACAUGGACGGUUAAACUCUGCUAAUUGGCUUAGAGGAGGAUCAACUGUUAUGUGAACGAAGCCUGUCUUCUCAGGAUUUCAGAGGAGAGGUGGUGUUUGGUAUUCCAAGAGCUAAGAAAUGUUGAGCCUGUUCAAGUUAAACAUGUCUGAUCUUAGUUUGUGUAGGUCUCCUGCUGGGAAGGGUCUCUCUCAUUCACCUUCCACUUAUUUGGGUGGACAAAGACUUUUUUUUUAGAUAUACAUUAGAUCCUUGAUUAAUGUCACAUUUGCCAAGACUGGGGGAGAUCAAAUUUAUAAUUGCAUUCUGUCUCUUACUUCCAUGGUUCCAUACGUCAUGUAUUCUGAGUCCAUUUUCAGCUGGAGAGCCGGAACUUAGUGCCUAAAAACAGAUAUAAAAGACUAGCCACGGACAACCAGAUGUCCUCAACUUGUUGGGACAAACACCCAGGUACUGUGCCAACACAUCUGUCAAGUAUCAAGUUGGGUAAGGUUGGCACAGAUAAUAAUAUAUUGUUUCUGUGUAUUUAUUAUUAUUCAUAUUAAAUGCUCAUCCUUGAUGAGGA